UGUUAUUUACUUCAUGAAUAGUAACCGUAGUCUCACUUUUUACAGUGUGCUAUCCGAUAUGUGUGAUCUCAUGAGAGAGAAACCAGACUAAAGGAAAGUGAAAACCAGAUUCUGAGGAACAAAGAUAAAGUGAAAUUAGCAUUAGCAUUUUUUGAUGGAAUAUGCAUGAUUAAUUAAUGAAACAGAUCAGAUGAGAUGCUCCUUUAUUGAUCCCCAUAGGAAAAAAGAAAAAAAAAGAUAAUAAAGUCACGUACUAAAUGGCAUGUUAAAAAUUAACUAGUCAUCAUCAAACAGCAUAAAAGCAGCCAUCAGGAUCACAUCAGUCAGCAACAAAAUAACAAAGUUGUUAUUCAAAUGUGAUAUUAAAAAUUAACAGAGCCUCUAUAAAUAACAUAAAAGCAGCCAGGGGGAUCAUAUCAGUCAGAGUUUAGGUGACUGAACGACUCUGAAUCAACUUGGAAGAUGAAUUUUACCAUUGUAUUGUCUAUGCUGCUAUACUGCAGCCUGAUUUUGGCCCAGGAUGAUGUUAAUGAUCCUGAAACAGAAAGAACGAGUAAAACACAGUCAUGCUUUCCAGACAUGUGUGAUUUGCUGAAAGAGAUUGGUGCCAUGACAGAAAAACAGAGAGUUAUGGAAACCAGGCUGAAGGACAGUGAAACCAGACUGAAGGAUGCAGAAACCAGGCUGAAGGACAGUGAAACCAGACUGAAGGACAGUGAAAAUCAGAUUCUUGAACUGAAGAGCAAAGAAAGAACCAUGAUAGUGUUCAGUGGAGCAAUAAGUGGGAGUGGACACAUUGGACCCUUUGAUACAGAUAAAACUUUAGUCUACAGAACAGUUAAAACAAACAUUGGCAAUGCCUACAGUCAAUCCACUGGUAUCUUCACUGCACCUGUUCCAGGCAUUUACUACUUCACCUUCUUUUAUAAUGCUGGAGGAUCACAGAGAGUAUCUCUAACCCUCAUGAAGAACAACGAGGCUGUUGUGAAGACCGCUGAUAACAGCACAUCACAUGACGGGGCUGAUAACGGUGGCAAUGCAGUGUUCUUGCAGCUGCAGCAAGGGGACCAGGUGUAUAUGCACUUACUUGCAAAUACACAUGUGUGGGGAGACAACCUCGCUACCACCUUCAGUGCUUUUCUGGUCCGUCAGGUUUGAACAGUGAAUAAAGAUAUGAUUUAUUUGUCAUUGCAGUUACAAUUUCUAAUUUCUUUUAACAGAUCUGAAAUUAUUAUUAUUCACUUUUAAUUGAUUCCUAUUAUUACAGCUGCUUUAAGUGCCCUUUGUACAACUUGGAUGUGUACAAGUAACUAUUAAACAGAUUACAGACUAUGUUACAGUGUGUUAUCUGGAAAGUUAGAUCAGAAUUAAUAAUAAUGCCUCAUCUGAGAGCUUAUACUUGUUAAUUAUCUACUAUCUAUGUAUCUUGUUUUUCUCUUCAAAAACAAUAAAAUCAAACUCUUUUGUUGCAUCUUAA